ACAGUCGUCUCACUCCCUGUGCAACUUGGUGCUGAAUAUUUAAUUAGGUUACUGGCUGUGGUGAGCCAAUCUAGUGUUCCUAUUGGUCAGAAAAUGCAGUUGUCACCUGCCAUUAUGCUAAUCAUUUACAUACUGAACACAUCACAAAAUUGUACAAUAAAGCGGGACUUCUGUUUGUUCCUAUCCUAUACCACCCAAGAUACCACCUGUACGGUCCUUCGACGGUGGUUUAUCUCCGGGGUUAGAUAUCGAGCCCUAUAAUCAAUCUGUUGUCAUGGCAACAGUUGCGAGCGACGACAAAAAAAACACAAGAAGUCGUGUUGAAAAACAAGUACAUUUUCCCUAGAUAUAUUUCCUUUUGCAACUUGUGUUUUUGGCAAAAAACUGUGUAGAAAUGAACUUGCGUUUGGAAAGUAAUAGUUAGGAAUUCUUUGAAAAAGAUUGUGCUUGUCAAGUUUUAUCAAGAUGGAGUUCAGCGACCCACGUUUUGAUUUUUUAUCUGACUACGUCCUUAAAAGCAUGAAGCUGAAGAAUGAAAAAUGGGCUAAGUUGCAAGGAAAUGAAGAGUACAGGACACAGAUAUUGAACUUCUUUGAAAAGCCGGACAUAAACCUGCUUGUAAUAAUACAAAAUUCAUCGGGGCAACUGCAACCGCUUUAUAACUUUCCUCUUACUCUGAAAACAAAAGCGGUUUACAUUGCAAAGAAAGAGAAAUCUUUGAAUAUCGGUAAAGACAACGUAAAGACUGCUUUGGCAUUUGGAGAUUUAUCGUAUGCCCCACCGGAGCAGCUUUUUGCAUUGGUCGAGGAGAUCCUUGUACCUCUCCUGUCAAACCAAAGAAAUCAUGAAGAAUGGCCUGCAGUGGUCUCUCACGAUAUUCUUCGGCACAUAAACUCUCUGAAAAGUAACGUGUUCGUUAUAGCCGGUCAGGUAAAGGGAAAAACUCUGCUACCUUUACCUGUUGGCUCGGAGCAAGUUGCUGAAGCUUGUGAGUCGGAUGCGCGAGGAGAGUAUUUUGAUCGCAGUUUGAUUCAUUCAAUUGAAUCUAUAAUCAUUGAUUGGUCACAUCAAAUACAGAAUGUCCUUAAACGAGAUUCUUCAGAGCCACUUCUCAAUGGUACCAAUCCCGGUCCAAUGUUAGAGCUGGACUUCUGGAAAGGACGAGCUGAGAAUCUUGAGUGCAUCUUUGAACAACUCAGGGAUGACCGGAUUAGAAGUAUGGCAGAGCUGCUCGAGAAAACAAAGAGUAGUUAUUUCUUAGCAUUCAAGAAUGUGUUUCGUGAAGUGAUUUCAGCACUUGAAGAGGCGCGGGACAUUAAUAUGUAUUUAAAGCCAUUGCGAGGACAACUUGAAGACAUGGAGCAAUUUGACUUCACAGAAAUUGACAAAGUCCUUCCACCAUUAAUGCAUACUAUUGCUUUGAUUUGGGCCAAUUCAAAGUUUUACUGCAGACCUGCAAGGAUUAUAAUCCUUCUCCAGGAAAUGUGCAAUAUGCUUAUCGAAAUGGCUCGUGUUUUUUUGGAACCUGCAGAAAUCUUCAAGGGCGAGUCGGAGGAGUCCUUGGAGAAGACGCAAGUUGUUUUGAAAGUAUGUAACAUGUGGAAAGAUCUCUUCUUACAGACCAGAGCCAACAUGCCCAAGUUGUUCAAAGAUCCUGACAAAGUGAAGAACUGGGAGUUUGCAAACGAACUUGCGUUUGCUAGACUUGAUAAAUUCGUGGAACGCGUCGCAGUUGUUGAAGAACUGUUUACAACAGCUAUCGAGUUUAGCAAGCUCGAGAAGGUAGAGAUUGGUGGUAUUAAAGGAAAGAUGUUAAGUCAUCAGGUGGUGGAGAUAUUUGAAGAAUUUACAGAGUACUUUGCUGUAUUUGGAAGUAGAACAUACGAUGGUCUAGAUCCUUCUGUUAAGGAAUUUGUUGAUGAUUAUAAUGACUUCACGAACAAGAUUGCAGAUUUAGAUCGACGCCUCGCAUCCAUUUUGUGCCAGGCGUUUAAUGAUAGUUGCGGCACUUUAGGAGUUCUUAAGCUGAUGGAUUGUUUCGGCAGUUUGAUGGAUCGCCCUCGUAUUCAUGCAGAUUUCGAGCACAAAUAUCCUGUGCUUUUAUCAAUGUUUGAAAAUGAUCUGGACACAGCAAAGUUGAUAUUUGAUCAACAAUUAUCGUUUGAGAGCAAUAACGAUACCUUGCCUUUAAAUAAGAACAAGCCGCCGGUCUCGGGUUGCUUGAAAUGGGCGCAAGAACUACGAGAAAGAAUAAAAACACCAAUGAAUAGUCUUAAAUUGUCAUUAAAUCAUGGCAUUUUAGAAAGUGCUGAAGCCAUGAGUAUUAUGAACAAAUACGAUGAAAUGGAAGGCCUUUUAACUGGUUAUGAAGAAAACACCUACGAAUUGUGGACAAAAAGUGUCGGUGAUGUUGCACAGCAGAAUUUGGAUAAGCCCCUUAUAAUAAGAGACCCACAGACGUUGUUGAUAAAGGUCAACUUUGAUGCUGAGUUGAUAGCUUUACUCCGUGAGGUUAAGUACUUGGAACAGGCUCAGAAUGACGUCAUUGAAACAAUUCCCGAAAGUGCGACGUGUGUUUACGAACGCAACGAGACCUUUAAUAAGUUCUGCGCCAAUCUUGAUCUUACUGUAGCGUGGUAUAAUACCGUUCGGCAGACAUUAUUGCAGGUGGAGUUUCCUUUAGUGAGAGAUCAACUUAAAGAUAUAGAUGAACAAUUGGAACAAGCUGAGAAAACAUUGACCUGGAAUAGUGAUGGGGUAUGGGAGUACAUUGAGAGGAUACGUGAUCAGGUUCAUGAUCUUGAACGUCGUGUACAAGCUGCAAAGGAUAAUGUAAAUGCAAUCGGUCAACUUAUGACAAAAUGGUGUGAAGCUCCUUUGUAUCAACGCAAAGGUGAAAAACGUGAAGGCUUAUUGAACAUAGAGGAAAAAGACACGAUCUUGAAAAAACGUUAUAGUAUGAUUGAAGAAUCAGGACUUAAAAUUCACGAUCUAAUGAAGAAAAACCUAGAACUGUUCAAAGCUGAUGCUUCGUUAGAAAUAUGGAAGGCGUACGUUGAGUAUCUUGAUGAUAUGGUCGUCGAUGGUUUCUUCAAUGCGAUCCACGCCUCGCUGAAUUACAUCCUCGAGAAUACGGACGCGAAGACAAACACUUUGGCAGUAUUUGAAGCGAAGCUGGAACUUCAGGCACCUGAAAUGGUCUUCAUUCCUUCAUUAGAUUAUGCCAGUGGCUCUUAUGGAUUCUAUGACAUGGUCGAGGGGAUUAUUGGUGAUAUAUACUGUAUGGCAACACUCGUUACUAGGUUAGCUGAUCAUAACGAGGCACCGCAUUAUCAGGCUGAUCUUGAAGAUAUGUUGGAGUUAUCGGAGAUGAAACAGGAAGUUCUUGAACGCAUUUCAACUGUCAUAAAUAAAGCUACAGAAUACAGGAAUUCAUUUGAUGUAUAUGCGUAUCUCUGGGUGGACGACAGAAAUGAAUUCAUGCGACAAUUUUUACUUUAUAAUCAUGUAUUGACGGCUGAAGAGAUUGAAGCCCAUGUUGAAGAUGGUGUGCCUGAAUGUCCUCCAACAUUAGAACAGUUUAAGGAACAGAUUGAUACGUACGAAAAGUUGUAUGUUGAAGUGGAUGAAUUCAAAGGCGUAUCAAUGUUUGAUACGUGGUUUUGUGUUGAUGCUAAACCAUUCAAACAAGCUCUUCUCAAUAUUAUUAAACGUUGGAGUUAUAUGUUCAAACAACAUCUCAUCGAUCACGUGACCAACAGUUUAAAUGAUCUUGUUGACUUCAUCAAAGUAGCGGAUAAAGGUCUCGCGGAAGAGGUUGCUGAAGGGGAUUACAAUGGAUUGGUGGCAGUAAUGGGACAUCUAAUGGCCGUGAAGGAUCGGCAAGCCGGGACAGAUGAGAUGUUUGAACCAUUGAAACACACGAUCGAGUUACUGAAGACCUACGGUCAGGAGCUACCUGAAGAGGUUCAUCUACAGCUACAGGAGUUACCUGAACAAUGGAAUAACUGCAAGAAAAAUGCUGUGACUGUUAAACAACAGGUUGCUCCGUUACAAGCUGCCGAGGUUGCCAUCAUUAGACGAAAAUGUGGACAGUUUGAUAUUAAACAACACGAGUUCCGUGAAGACUUUAGAAAGACAGCGCCGUUCAUGUUUAAUUCGGAAAACGUUUACGAGAAAUUAGAUAGGGCAAACAUUGCAAUUUGUGGCAUGGAGGAAGAAAUGAAGGCGCUGGGUGAAUCUGCUGGUUUGUUUGAAGUGAAUUUCCCUGAUUACAAACAGCUUCGAGCGUGCCGUAGAGAAGUGUUCCUUCUCAAAGGAUUAUGGGAUAUGAUCUAUGCUGUUCUGACGAGUAUCGAUGACUGGAAGACGACACUCUGGAGUGAUAUAAAUGUGGACACCAUGGAAAUGGAAUGUAAACGUUUUGUUAAAGAAAUCCGAAGUCUUGAUAAGGAGAUGCGUGCUUGGAAUGCGUUCACGGGCCUGGAUUCUACUGUGAAAAAUAUGGUGACGUCAUUACGGGCCGUAUGUGAGCUUCAAAAUCCUGCGAUCAGGGAGAGACAUUGGCAACAGCUGAUGCAAGCAACACAGGUGAAGUUUAUAAUGGACGAAGAUACAUGUCUAGCUGAUCUUCUUGCUUUAAAUCUUCAUAAGUACGAGGAUGAGGUGCGGGGGAUUGUUGAUAAGGCCACCAAAGAGUUAGGAAUGGAGAAGAUCUUAAGCGAACUUGAUGUCACGUGGUCUGCUAUGGAAUUUGAGUACGAGACUCAUCCACGCACGCGUAUUGCGUUACUUAGAUCUAGUGAGGAACUUAUAGAGACACUUGAGGAUAAUCAAGUUCAACUGCAAAAUCUCAUUACGUCGAAAUACAUUGGUCAUUUCUUGGCGGAGGUCUCCACAUGGCAAAAGAAAUUAUCAACUGUCGAUUCCGUUAUUUCCAUUUGGUUUGAAGUACAGCGUACAUGGUCUCAUUUGGAAAGUAUUUUCAUUGGUUCCGAUGAUAUUCGCAGCCAAUUACCGGAGGAUUCGAAACGUUUUGACGGCAUUGAUGCAGAUUUCAAGGAGUUGAUGAGUGCUGCUGAAAAAACAACAAAUGUCGUUGAGUGUUGUUGCAAGGAUGGUUUAUUUGAAAAAUUGGAGAAUAUUCAAGAAAGACUUGCUUUGUGCGAGAAAGCUUUAGCUGAAUAUCUCGAAACGAAACGUCUUGCUUUUCCACGAUUCUACUUCGUUUCCUCUGCUGAUUUACUGGAUAUUUUGUCGAAAGGAAAUAUACCUACAGAGGUCGCUCGUCAUUUGUCCAAACUUUUUGAUAACAUGGCUACGUUGGAGUUUAAGAACGACGAAUCGGGUGAAAGUACAAAGGAAGCUAUUGGCAUGUACAGUAAAGAAAAGGAAUAUGUCAAAUUUGAUAAAGUAUGCGAUUGUACAGGACAGGUUGAGGUGUGGUUAAACAGAGUAAUGGAAUCAAUGAGAUCCACAGUGAGACAUGAACUUUCUGAAUCUGUUGUUGCGUAUGAAGAAAAGGCACGUGAUCAAUGGCUUUUUGAUUAUCCUGCACAGGUGUCCUUAUGUGGUACACAAAUUUGGUGGUCAACCGAGGUUGCCAUUGCGUUUGGUCGUCUUGAGGAAGGUUACGAGAACGCCUUAAAAGAUUAUUAUAAAAAACAGGUUGCCCAACUCACAACUCUCAUCAACCUAUUGAUUGGUGAACUAUCGAAAGGCGAUCGACAGAAGAUUAUGACCAUUUGUACAAUUGAUGUCCAUGCUCGUGAUGUUGUUGCCAAACUCAUACAACAAAAGAUCGACAAUGCGCAAGCGUUCGCUUGGCUUAGUCAAUUACGUCAUCGCUGGGAUGAUGGUAACGGUCAUUGCUUUGCUAAUAUCUGCGAUGCUCAAUUCAAAUAUUCAUAUGAAUAUCUCGGCAACACCCCCCGUCUUGUUAUCACACCAUUGACCGACAGAUGUUACAUUACACUUACUCAAUCUCUUCAUCUCACAAUGAGUGGUGCGCCCGCGGGUCCUGCUGGGACGGGUAAAACCGAGACCACGAAGGAUCUGGGUCGAGCACUUGGGAUUAUGGUUUACGUAUUCAACUGCUCUGAACAAAUGGAUUAUAAGUCUUGCGGUAACAUAUACAAGGGUCUUGCACAGACCGGUGCAUGGGGAUGCUUCGAUGAAUUCAAUCGUAUCUCAGUCGAAGUGUUAUCUGUCAUUGCUGUACAAGUGAAGUCAAUACAAGAUGCAAUACGUGAUAAGAAAGAGAGAUUUAUAUUUCAAGGUGAAGACAUCUCUCUCGUACCAACUGUUGGUAUUUUUAUAACUAUGAAUCCUGGUUAUGCCGGACGUACUGAACUACCAGAAAAUCUUAAAGCACUUUUCAGACCUUGCGCCAUGGUUGUACCUGAUUUUGAACUGAUCUGUGAAAUCAUGUUGGUUGCCGAAGGUUUUAUUGAGGCGCGUUUACUAGCGCGUAAAUUUAUCACCUUGUAUUCACUUUGUAAAGAAUUGCUUUCCAAACAAGAUCAUUACGAUUGGGGUUUACGAGCCAUCAAGUCAGUUUUGGUGGUCGCUGGUUCGUUAAAACGUAGCGAUCGUGAUCGUCCUGAAGAUCAAGUUCUCAUGAGAGCAUUGCGGGACUUUAACAUACCGAAGAUUGUUACAGAUGAUGUACCAAUAUUUAUGGGUUUAAUUGGUGAUUUGUUUCCAUCGUUGGACGUACCACGUAAACGGGACAUGGAUAUGGAAGAGUCGAUAAGAAAAGCUGUUUUGGACUUAAAACUACAACCAGAAGAUAGUUUUAUAUUGAAAGUUGUUCAACUAGAAGAACUCUUGGCAGUACGUCAUUCUGUGUUUGUGUUAGGUCCUGCAGGCACAGGAAAGACACAGGUGAUAAAGUCGUUGUUUAAAACAUAUCAGAAUCAAAAACGUAAACCGAUGUUGAUUGAUGUGAAUCCUAAAGCUGUUACAACAGAUGAACUUUUUGGUUAUAUCAAUCCAGCUACAAGAGAAUGGAAAGAUGGUUUAUUCUCAACUUCUAUGAGAGAUUUAUCAAACGUAGCCAACGAAAGUCCAAAAUGGAUUGUCCUCGAUGGUGAUAUUGAUCCAAUGUGGAUUGAAUCAUUAAAUACAGUCAUGGAUGACAACAAAGUAUUAACACUCGCUAGUAAUGAACGUAUACCAUUAUCGCCUCCAAUGAGAUUAUUGUUUGAGAUUGGUCAUCUUAAGACAGCAACACCAGCUACGGUAUCUAGAGCUGGUAUCUUGUUCUUGAAUUAUGCCGACGUUGGAUGGAACCCAUAUGUAUCAAGCUGGAUUGACAGUCGCGAGAUCCAAUCUGAGCGAGCUAAUCUUCAAAUCCUUUUCGAUAAAUACGUUCCCUCUUGCUUGGAUACAUUACGUCAUCGUUUCAAGAAGAUCACGCCCAUCCCUGAUAUCACCAUGGUGACAAGUCUAUGUUAUCUUCUGGAGUGUUUAUUAACACCUGUCAAUACCCCCCCUGACUGUAGCAAAGAAUUGUAUGAAUUGUAUUUCGUUUUUGCUGCUGUCUGGGCAUUUGGAGGAGCUAUGUUUCAAGAUCAGCUCGUCGACUAUAGAGUUGAAUUCUCGAAAUGGUGGGUGACUGAAUUUAAGACUAUCAAGUUUCCAUCAUCAGGAACUGUCUUUGAUUAUUUCAUUGAUCCCGAGACCAAGAAAUUUGCUCCGUGGACGGAGAAAGUUACAAAGUUUAUCUUGGAUCCUGAGAUGCCACUUCAGGCUGUUCUUGUUCACACAGCGGAAACAACUCGUGUUCGUUAUUUUAUGGAUCUUCUUAUGGAGAAACGACGUCCUGUAAUGUUGGUGGGUAAUGCAGGAACUGGAAAGACUGUACUUGCUGGCGAUAAGUUUGCUUCGUUAGAUCCAGACGAAAUUAUGGUCGCCAACGUACCUUUUAAUUACUACACCACCUCUGCGAUGUUGCAAAAUGUUUUGGAAAAACCCCUGGAGAAGAAAGCCGGUCGGAAUUAUGGACCACCUGGAUCGAAGAAACUUAUUUAUUUCAUUGACGACAUGAACAUGCCAGAGGUUGACACAUACGGUACAGUAUCACCUCACACAUUGAUAAGACAACAUCUCGACUACAGUCAUUGGUACGACAGAAAUAAGUUGACAUUGAAGGAAGUUCAUAAUUGUCAAUAUGUUGCCUGUAUGAAUCCAACCGCUGGAAGUUUCACGAUAAACCCGCGUCUUCAGCGUCAUUUUUGUGUGUUCGCUGUGAGUUUUCCUGGUCUCGACGCCCUCAAGACAAUUUAUUUGAGCAUACUGCAAGGUCAUAUUUCUGUGAACAACAUAUCAAGCUCCGUGGGAAAAAUUGCAGAAAAACUUGUGGACUGUGCGUUAGCUAUGAAUCAAAAGGUCACGAGUACUUUCCUACCGACAGCUGUGAAAUUUCAUUAUAUUUUCAAUCUGCGCGAUUUAUCAAACAUCUUUCAAGGUGUGUUGUUCUCUACGGCAGAGUGUGUUAAAUCUCCCGCUGAUCUCGUACGUUUAUGGAUGCAUGAAGGCAACAGAGUAUAUCGAGAUAAAUUGGUCGAAGAGAAAGACAUGGUACUUUAUGAUAAAAUACAAAAGGAUAUGACGACCAGAUUCUUUGAGGACUUCGAGGAGACUGUGUUGUACGAGCAACCAUUGUUGUUUACUCAUUUCUCUGGCGGUAUUGGCGAAGCUAAAUAUCUUCCAAUACCGAACUGGCCACAUCUCAGUAAACUUCUAACAGAAACACUGGAUAAUUAUAAUGAAAUAAACGCCGUAAUGAAUCUCGUGUUGUUUGAAGACGCUUUACAACACAUCUGUCGUAUCAAUCGAAUUCUCGAGUCUCCACGUGGUAAUGCUCUUCUUGUUGGUGUUGGUGGUAGUGGCAAGCAGAGUUUGGCGAGACUUGCGGCGUUUAUCAGUGCUUUGGAGGUUUUUCAGAUCACAUUAAGGAAAGGAUAUUCCAUUGCCGACAUGAAGGCUGACCUUGCAAUGUUGUGUACUAAAGCUGGUCUAAAGAACAUCGGAACUGUUUUUCUUCUUACUGAUGCUCAAAUACCCGAAGAACAUUUCCUUGUGUUGAUUAACGAUCUCCUGGCAUCUGGUGAAAUUCCUGGUCUAUUUCCUGACGAUGAAGUAGAGAACAUUAUAUCCGGUGUGCGUAAUGAAGUGAAAUCUUCUGGUCUACAGGACACCAGGGAAAAUUGUUGGAUGUUUUUCAUUGAAAGGAUACGUAGGAAUCUCAAGGUCGUUUUAUGUUUUUCACCAGUCGGCACAACACUGCGCGUGCGUAGUAGGAAAUUUCCCGCGGUGACCAACUGUACGGCUAUUGAUUGGUUCCACGAAUGGCCAGCGGAAGCGUUGGUCUCCGUCAGUCGCCGAUUCCUUGAGGACAUUGAACAGGUCAAGGGAGAUCAAAAACAAUCCGUUGCAGAGUUCAUGUCUUUCGUUCACACCAGUGUUAAUCAAAUGAGUCAGGAAUAUUUGAUCUCUGAAAGACGUUACAACUACACAACACCAAAGAGCUUUUUAGAACAGAUCAAGUUGUACGAAACAUUGUUACGAAAGAAGAACAUGGAACUUAUGCAAAAAAUGGAACGUUUGGAGAAUGGUUUGUUGAAGUUACAAAGCACUGCUUCUCAGGUGGACGAUCUAAAAGCAAAGCUGGCUUCUCAAGAAGUGGAACUGCAGCAGAAAAAUGAAGAUGCGGAUAAACUUAUUCAAAAAGUUGGCGUGGAGACUGAGAAAGUGAGCAAGGAAAAAGCUAUUGCUGACGAAGAAGAAAAGAAGGUAGCCGUCAUUGCUCGCGAUGUGGCAGAGAAACAACGAUCUUGUGAAGCGGAUUUAGCUAAAGCCGAGCCUGCGUUGGUUGCUGCUCAGGAUGCACUGAAUACUUUAAAUAAGAACAAUCUUACAGAGCUCAAGUCGUUUGGUUCUCCUCCAGCAGCUGUAAUGAACGUGACAGCAGCAGUUAUGAUGUUGUUAUCGCCGCCAACUAAAAUUCCUAAGGAUCGAAGUUGGAAAGCGUGUAAGAUUAUGAUGGCAAAGGUGGAUCAAUUCUUGGAUCAGUUACUCAACUACGACAAGGAGAACAUUCACGACAACAAUCUUAAAGCAGUUCGCCCGUAUCUGGAUGAUCCCGAUUUCCGGCCGGAAUUUAUCUCCGCGAAAUCGCUAGCUGCCGGUGGUCUUUGUGCUUGGGUUAUCAACAUUAUUAAGUUCUUCGAAGUGUUCUGUGAUGUCGAGCCGAAAAGAAUGGCGUUGCAAGCCGCUAAUGCAGAGCUUGCUGCGGCAGAAGAUAAAUUAAGCAAGAUCAAAGCAAAGAUUAAAGAACUUGAUGAUAAUUUGGCUGAAUUGACAGCUUCAUUCGAGAAAGCAACCCAAGAAAAACUGAAAUGUCAAGAAGAAGCUGAGAGCACUGCGCGUACAAUAUCUCUUGCAAAUAGAUUGGUCGGUGGUCUUGCUUCAGAGAAUGUAAGAUGGGCCGAGGCUGUCGAAAGUUUUAAAAUACAAUCCACGACAUUGCCUGGUGAUAUAUUGUUGAUUUGUGCUUUUGUGUCGUACGCUGGUUGCUUUACAAGGAGAUAUCGUGACAGUUUGAUGAAAGAAAAGUUACCCGAGUUUAUGAAACAACAAAAGGUGCCCAUUCCCAUCACUCAGGAUCUUGAUACCUUAACGCUACUGACGGACAACGCAACGAUAGCUUCUUGGCAAAAUGAGAGCCUGCCUUCAGAUCGAAUGUCAACAGAGAAUGCAACGAUACUCACAAACUGUGAAAGAUGGCCGCUUAUGAUCGAUCCCCAGCUACAGGGGAUCAAAUGGAUCAAAACACGUGAAGGGGAAAACCUGAGGGUUGUUCGUUUGGGACAAAAAGGAUUUCUUGAUAGUAUUGAACGCGCUGUAUCGAACGGUGACUGUGUUUUGAUUGAAAAUAUGGGUGAAAGUAUUGAUGCUGUUCUUGAUCCGCUGGUUGGACGAAAUACGAUAAAAAAAGGAAGAUACAUCAAGAUUGGCGACAAAGAAACAGAAUAUCAUCCAGAUUUCAGACUCAUUCUUCACACGAAACUGGCAAAUCCUCACUAUAAACCAGAACUACAGGCUCAGACAACCUUGAUUAACUUCACUGUGACACGCGAAGGACUCGAGGACCAGUUAUUGGCAAAUGUUGUCGCAAAAGAAAGACCUGAUCUUGAAGAAACAAAAGCUAAACUGACCCGACAACAAAACGAGUUUACAGUCAAACUCAAGGAGCUCGAGGAUUCGUUAUUGUCUCGACUUUCAGCCGCUGGUGGCAACUUUCUUGGCGAUACUGCUCUUGUGGAGAACCUGGAAACUACUAAACGUACAGCUGCUGAAAUUGAGGUUCAGGUAGCGGAGGCGAAGGUCACUGAAAUACAGAUCAACGAAGCUAGAGAACAAUAUCGACCUGCAGCAGCAAGGGCAUCUCUACUGUACUUCAUAUUAAAUGAUCUUAACAAGAUAAAUCCCAUAUAUCAAUUUUCUCUGAAGGCCUUCAAUGUUGUCUUUCAAAAAGCCAUCGAACGUGCUGAGCCAAGUCAAGAAAUCAAAAUCCGUGUGGACAAUCUCAUCGACUGUAUUACAUAUUCUGUCUUUAUUUACACAACUCGUGGUCUCUUUGAAGCUGAUAAAUUGACUUUUACAGCUCAAGUAGCUUUUCAGAUUUUACUUAUGCGAAAAGAGAUCAGUUCGACGGAGUUGGAUUUCUUGUUACGUUUUCCUGCAGCAGUAAAUGUUACAACACCUGUUGAUUUUCUUUCAAAUCAUUCCUGGGGUGGUAUUAAAGCGCUGAGUAACAUGGAAGAAUUCCGUAAUCUAGAUCGUGAUAUAGAGGGUUCUGCUAAAAGAUGGAAAAAAUUUGUUGAAAGUGAAUGCCCAGAGAAAGAGAAGUUCCCUCAAGAAUGGAAGAACAAAACUGCUUUACAGAAACUGUGUAUGAUGCGUGCCCUCAGACCAGAUAGAAUGACAUACGCCGUGAGGAAUUUUAUCGAAGAAAAAUUGGGCAAUAAAUAUGUGGAGAAUAGAAAAAUUGAAUUCGCUAAAUCUUACGAGGAAACGGGACCUGGUACUCCUGUUUUCUUUAUUCUAUCGCCUGGUGUUGAUCCAUUAAAGGAUGUUGAAGCUCUUGGAAAGAAAAUUGGUUUUACUAUCGACAACAGAAACUUUCAUAACGUCUCUCUUGGACAGGGUCAGGAAAUUGUUGCUGAACAAGCUUUACAAUUGGCGGGAAAAGAAGGACAUUGGGUUGUAUUACAGAAUAUUCAUUUGGUGGCGAAAUGGUUGUCGACUUUAGAGAAAACUCUUGAAGCCUAUAGCGAAGGAAGCCAUGAAAACUAUCGUGUUUAUAUGUCUGCCGAGCCUGCUGGAUCCCCUGAUAGUCACAUCAUACCUCAAGGUAUCCUCGAGUCAUCCAUUAAGAUCACGAAUGAACCUCCAACAGGAAUGAUGGCAAAUCUUCAUCAAGCCUUGGACAACUUCAACCAGGACACACUCGAAAUGUGCGCUCGUGAGAAUGAAUUUAAGAGCAUUCUCUUCGCAUUGUGUUAUUUCCACGCUGUCGUAGCCGAGAGACGAAAGUUUGGUCCACAAGGAUGGAAUCGUUCUUACCCAUUCAACACAGGAGAUUUAACAAUAAGCGUAAAUGUCUUGUAUAACUAUCUCGAGGCAAACGCCAAGGUACCGUGGACAGAUCUACGUUAUCUUUUUGGUGAGAUCAUGUAUGGUGGUCAUAUUACUGAUGACUGGGAUAGAAGACUUUGUCGUACGUAUCUGGAGGAGUAUAUGAAACCUGAAAUGUUGGAAGGUGAACUGAAUCUCGCUCCAGGUUUUCCAGUUCCCGGGAACAGUGACUACAAGGGUUAUCAUUCCUACAUCGACGAAGUUCUCCCCCCGGAAAGUCCAUAUCUCUACGGUUUACAUCCAAAUGCAGAGAUUGGUUUCCUUACAGCAACAUCAGAUAACCUCUUCAAGACGGUCCUAGAGAUGCAACCACGUGACACGGGGGGUGGUGAGGGUGGUGGAAGUACACGCGAGGAAAAAGUAAAGCAAGUUUUGGAUGAGAUUCGUGAGCGAUUACCCGAUGAUUUUAAUGUGCAAGAAAUGAUGGCGCGAUGCGAGGACAGAAAUCCUUAUGUUGUCGUCGCUUUUCAAGAAUGCGAACGCAUGAGUAUGUUAACUAGUGAGAUGAGACGAAGUUUGAGAGAGUUAGAUCUUGGUUUGAAGGGUGAACUCACCAUAACAUCCGACAUGGAGGAUCUUUCGAAUGCGUUGUUUUUCGAUCACGUGCCAGGCUCGUGGGAACGCCGUGCUUACCCAUCAAUGGCGACACUUGCCGCUUGGUUCUCAGAUCUCUUACUGCGUAUAAAAGAACUGGAAAGUUGGACUUCUGAUUUUUGUCUUCCGAAUGUCGUGUGGCUGUCUGGUUUUUUUAAUCCACAGUCAUUUCUUACUGCUAUUGAACAAUCCAUGGCUCGUAAAAACGAAUGGCCUCUUGACAAGAUGACGUUAUCUGUCGAUGUGACCAAAAAGAAUAAAGAUGAUUUCAACAGUCCACCCCGUGAAGGUGCUUAUGUUCACGGUUUGUUCAUGGAGGGUGCCCGCUGGGAUACACAAACUGGUAUGAUCGCGGACUCAAGACUUAAAGAACUCACUCCCAAUAUGCCUGUUAUCUUCAUAAAAGCGAUUCCUGUCGAUAAACAAGAAACAAAGAAUGUCUACGAAUGUCCAGUGUAUAAAACUAGGCAACGUGGUCCAACUUACGUCUGGAAUUUCUUUCUUAAAACCAAAGAAAAUCCCGCAAAAUGGACUCUAGCCGGCGUCGCUUUGCUUCUUAGUGCUUGAACAUUUGAUAAAAUGUUUGGAAAAGAUUACGAAAUGUUUGUAAAUUUUUUUAAGGAAUGUUUGUUUUUAUGUUUGUAAAUUUGAUAUACGUAUAUUUGAAAAGCUUUCUAUACUAUGUAUAAAUUAAUAUAUGUUUAUUGAUAAGUAAAGAACAUAGGAAUUGUU